CUGUGUCAGUCUGACACUGGAGUAGCCUGGAGUACAGCAUAGAACACUUGUUCUUGCCUGGAUGAGCCCUGUAUUACAUCCAACGGUGGAUUUGUAAAAAUGAUGGAAGUUCAGUCCAGGUUACACCCUGAUAUUCCAGAGAAUGGGGAGCUACCUCCUAUGGAAGUCAAUGGCAAUUGUGUCCCUCAGGAGAGUGGGGGAGAGGAUGAAAAACCAGUCUCCAAUCUGCAGAGGAGACGCAGUGAUGUCAAAGUAUACAAAGAAAUUUGUGACUUCUAUGCCCGAUUCAACAUGGCAAACGCUCUGGCAAAUGCGAUGUGUGAGCGCUGCCGAUCUGGCUUUGCUCCAGCAGAGAAGAUUGUGAACAGUAAUGGAGAGCUGUACCAUGAGCAGUGCUUUGUGUGUGCCCAGUGCUUUCAGCAGUUUCCAGAGGGACUCUUUUAUGAGUUUGAGGGGAGAAAGUACUGUGAACAUGAUUUCCAAAUGCUGUUUGCACCCUGCUGCCAUCAGUGUGGUGAAUUCAUCAUUGGUCGUGUUAUCAAAGCAAUGAAUAACAGCUGGCACCCUGAAUGCUUCCGUUGUGACCUCUGUCAGCAAGUCCUAGCAGACAUUGGAUUUGUGAAAAAUGCAGGCAGACACCUUUGUCGUCCAUGUCACAAUCGAGAGAAGGCCAGGGGACUGGGGAAGUACAUUUGCCAAAAGUGUCAUGCAAUUAUUGAGGAGCAGCCUCUAAUAUUCAAGAAUGAUCCGUAUCACCCUGACCACUUUAACUGUGCCAACUGUGGUAAGGAGCUCACAGCUGAUGCCCGUGAGCUGAAAGGAGAGCUCUACUGCCUACCCUGCCAUGACAAAAUGGGUGUGCCCAUCUGUGGAGCAUGCAGGAGACCAAUUGAAGGGCGAGUGGUUAAUGCCAUGGGAAAGCAAUGGCAUGUGGAGCAUUUUGUUUGUGCAAAGUGUGAAAAGCCUUUCCUUGGCCAUCGCCAUUAUGAGAGAAAGGGGCUGGCUUACUGCGAGACUCACUACAAUCAGCUUUUUGGAGAUGUCUGUUUCCAUUGCAACCGUGUAAUUGAAGGAGAUGUUGUCUCUGCUUUGAACAAGGCAUGGUGUGUGAACUGUUUUGCAUGUUCUACUUGCAACACCAAGUUAACACUCAAGAACAAGUUUGUGGAGUUUGACAUGAAACCUGUCUGUAAGAAAUGCUACGAGAAGUUUCCUCUGGAGUUAAAGAAAAGGCUUAAGAAGCUCUCGGACACCUUGGCAAGAAAAUAAGUACAUCGUUCCUGUAUUCAUCCGAAGAGGGGGAGCAGCAUAUGAUGUGCUAGUCCGAGGCGUAUUGGUCAUAAAUCCUACUUGACAUUGUUCUAUUCACUGAGGCUGUUACAUGCACUAACCUUCACUGCAAGCAUUUAUCUGCAUGAAAGCUGCAUUAUUGUUGCCUUGCAUAGGCUGUUUAUUACCUCACCCUAUUGUCUAAAUAACAAGCUACAUUGUUUAUUUUGUGGUACUUUACUUGCUUUGUUCUGCAGGCCAACACAUCGCAGCAACUGAAAACAAAAUGAUUUGCCAUUCAGUAAGAUCCACGUUCUGUCUUCAGCUGCAGAGGAAUACGGCAUAUCUCUGCUUUCUCAGAGUUGUCCAGGAACAGAGUAAUGGCAAACUGUAGACUGCUUCAUGUUCUUUAAAAGCCCCUAGAAACAGUAUUUGAAUGAAGCACUUGCACAUCCUUUGCCUCUAUACUGUGGGGGUUGAAGGAUUAUUCCUUAUAGUAUUAGCAGGACAAAUGCAUCAGUUCUUUCCAAACUCUUAAGGUUACCUGCCUCUCAGAGCAAAUAAAUACAUGUUUAUUGAGUGAAGGGAGGGGGUCUAUGCCGACAUUGCAGAAAAGGGUUCAUCCCCCUCUUUAUACAGUUUUUUUUGAGUAUACAGCUCAAGAAAUCUAAUGUUGUUGGACAUGUAGUAAAUAAUUAUUUAAUACAAUUUUGUUGCCAUCUAAAGUGGUCACUUAAAGAUGAACUCCAGUGAUUCAGUUACUUUGUAAAAUGUGGUGGAUUAGUAGGGGUUAAGCCUAGGAGUAUGUCACCUUGUGAACUUAUCUAUUUAAUUUACAGUUUGUUUUUUCUGAGUGCCAGGAGAAUAACUAUCACUAUGGUUCCAGAGCUCCAAUGCUGGACCCUCUGGUCUAAGCUCCUGGGGCUGCUUUGCGCACCCCUCUCCUCCUGCCCAAUCACAGAGCACUUUGUAUUAAGUGAACGCAUUCACAGAAUAUAUAGGCUUCGAUGAAUGAACAGCGGAGGGGAGGGACAGGCAGAGCUGUUACUGUACGAGAGAGCAACGUCUCUCCUGUCUGAGCCCAGGAAAUAUCGUGAUGGCUGCAAUCCCCAAGCGCUGUGAAACUGUCAGAUGUAACUAAUAGUGACGGUAAAUUACCUUCUUUUUUUUAAAAAAAAUUACCUGUUCUACUUACCUGCUCUGUGCAAUAGUUUUGCACAGAGCAGCCCCGAUCCUCCUCUUCCUUAUGGGGUCCCCUGCUGGCUCUUCUCCCUUUCUCAUGUGGGCUCGGUCUUGAGCAAGGCUUUGUCUCACCAUAGAAACAUUCUGCCUUUUUAGAAACAAUUUAAAGAGGUGUGGCAUGCACCUCAUUGGACUUAACUCAUAGUAUGUCAACACAUUUUACAAAGCGGCUGCAUUCCUCAAGUUCAGCUUUAGGCAAAUAUAUGACAACCUUUAAUCAUGUUAUAUAUUCAAUAAAAGCCUGAAAAUUGAAUUG